CCCCCCAUUUUAUUUCAGGUGGGGGAGAAGCAAGUUAUGACGGAAAUGGACUUACCUAUGACUAUGAAAACUCACUCCGUCACAGCCUCCUCAAUUCCAAUUUUAAAUUCAGCAGGGUCAACCAAUAUGGACUCAAUCCCACCGUCAAAAAUACCAUGACAUUGGAGACUUCCAGCCCCGUCGGAGUUAUGUUUGCCUUGUCUGUCAAUCAGGAUUCCACUGAGAAUGACCAGUCACGUGUUGUUUUUACCAAACUAGAAGGGCAAUGGAAGGUUGCUACAAUUUUUGCCAAAACCAAAUACUCACAAUCUAUCAUCUCUAAUAAGAACAAUCUCGACUUGGUAUGGGAUUCAUCCCUGACUUUUGAUUCUUCCUUGUUCGUGGCUACUAACCAAAUGAACCAAAAAAUUACAGCGGAUGCAUGGAGUCUGUCCUCUACCACAAACAUACAGAAUUUCAUUCUGACUAAUGAGGCUUCCUUAAAGUAUCAAAACAACCAGCUGAAACUGUCAUCACAGGCAAAGGGAGCCUAUCCAAACUUUGAAACAAACAACAAGUUUGAAUUAACUUUAGACAAGCAACAGGCUAUCCUUCAUUCCGAAUUAAAGACCACUUACUUUGAAAAUGUAUAUUAUGCCCUGGUAUCAGGCUCUGUUAAUAACCAAGGCCUUGAACUCAUCAGUGAUUUGUCAUUGGAAAACAAAAGGAACAAAGCCGAACACAAGUCUGCUCUAAGUAUUAAGCAGGAUGGAUUGGUGAGCAGUGCAACAACAAAAUUGCAGCUUUCCUUACUGGUCUUCCAGAAUGAAAUGAAUGCACGAAUUGGCACUUCUGGUGCUUCUCUGAAGAUUGACACCAAUGGAAGAUCUGGGAUACACAAUGCAAGAUUCAGUUUGGAUGGGAAACUAGCCCUCACAGAAAUAGCACUGUUGAGCACAUAUCAAGGGAGCAUUUUGGAUAUGGACAGCAAAAAUAUUCUGAACUUCCGAGUAAAUAAUGGAGAGCUCCGAUUUUCAAACAGUUUGACAGGAUCCUACAAACAAAUGAAGUUUGAGCACACCCAUGAGCUGAACACCGUAGGGUUGUCCUUGACGUACGUUUCCAAUUUGGACCACACUAUUAACCCAGACAUAUCCCACAAACAUCAUGUGGACCUGCAGCUACAGCCCUCUUCCCUCACAGCCAACUUGAACAAUGAUUUGAAAUACAGCAGUGCCAUUGUAAACAACAAAGCCCGCUUGCAGCUUGAGCUCUUCAAGGUAAAUCUGGAUGGUAAUAUUAAAGGUGCUUAUAGAGGCAAUGAGAUAAAGCAUACCUAUAUCUUUACGUAUGGAGAUCUGACUGCACAUAUGAAGACGGACACAGCUGCAAGCAUCCAAGGCGCAGCGCUUACCCAUAAAGUUAACUUGAACGUCGCAGGACUCUCUUCUACAAUCGUUGUCAACACAAACUGUGAUUCCAAAUUCUUAACCUUUUCUAAUGAAAUACGGUCUGCGGCUGUCCCCUUUACUGUCACUUUGGAUAUGCAUACUAAUGGAGACGGACGCUUGGCACUUUGGGGAGAACAGUCUGGGCGGUUGUAUAGCAAAUUCCUUCUAAAGGCAGAACCUCUUGCGUUUGUCUUUUCGCAUGAUUACCAGGGAUCAACCAACCACAUCACCAAUUCUAGGGGAAGAUACAACACUGGAUUAGAUAGCAAAGUCACUGUUGUUUUAACUCCAUCUGAACAAAGCAGUGCUUGGAAAACGAAGAGUCAGCUGAAUAGCCAUGUAUAUACCCAAGACUUUAAUGUGUUUAACAAUGCUGAAAAUAUUGGUGUGGAGUUGACUGGACAAACUUUAGCUGAUCUUUCUGUACUAGACUUUCCUAUGAAGAUACCAUUCACAAAUGAUGAAAGACUUAAUCUAAUAGAUACCCUGGGUUUAAGAGAAAAUAUAGCCGAGCCUCAAGAAUUUGGCCUCUCUCUUUCUCUCAAAUAUGAUAAAAAUGCAGAUGUGCAUGUCAUCAAUCUACCUUUCUUGGAAAGACUUCCGGCAUAUUAUGAGCAAUUCAGACAUUCCAUCUUAACUGCAAUGAAGUCCAUUCAGAAGAAUCUAAAGAGCAUAAAUAUAGACCAGCUUAUGAGAAAAUACAAAACAGCAUUAGAUAGGUUUCCCCAGCAAAUGAAUGACUAUGUGAACUCUUUCGAUUUGGAAAGUAAAGUGAAUAAAUUGAAAGAGAAUCUGGAUGCUUUCACAAAAGAUUAUAGCAUAACAAUUGAAGACCUUCAAAGCACAUUGGAAAAUGCUAGAGCUAAUCUGCUAAAGGUUUUGACUAAACUGCAAGUAUUUCUGACGGAAACUGAAAAGUAUGUGAAGGAGAAUUUUGACUUAAGACCAGCUAUCAUGCAACUUAUCGAGACAAUUGUUGAAAAAAUAAAAGUUCUAGAUAAGCAAUAUGAAAUCAGUGUGACAAUGAUCAACACAAUUCAGCAACUCCAGUCUUAUAUGUCUGAGUAUGACCCUAGCCAAAUAAGAAACAACGCUGCUGCAUGGGCUCAAAAUGUGGAUGACACGUACAAAAUCAGAGCUCAGAUACAAGAAAAACUUGAUCAACUGAAGAAUCAGAUUCAGAAUUUCGAUGCCCAACGUAUUGCAGAAGCUUUGAAGCAGCAAAUAAAAACAAUUGAUGUCGAAAUGCUUAUAGGAAAGUUAAAAGUACAAUUUCCAUUUGAAAAAAUAGACCAACUCCUUAGAAAAAUCAAAGACAUCCUUCUAAAUUUUAUGGAAGAUUAUGAGAUAUCUGAGAAGAUCAAUGCAUUCACAGUCCACAUGCAUAAACUUAUUGAAAAGUAUAAUAUUGACGAGCAGGCCAAGGUUCUAAUGGAUAAGGUGGUAGAAUUAUAUAAACAACAGAAAAUCUCAGAAACAGUUCAGCAGUUAGCCAUCACAUUGAAAAAAAUUGACAUAAAACCAUUCUUCAAUCAAAUUUUGAAGUUUAUCGAUGAUGCAAUUAAGAAUCUCCAAACAUUUGACUAUAAAAAGCUAGUUGAUGGUAUCAAUGACUUCCUUGACUCUGCAAUAAAGAAGCUGAAGUCCUUUGAUUACAACAAAUUUGUAGAUGAAACAAACAAUAAAAUUCGGCAAGCAACUCAAAAAAUCAAUGACGAAAUUAAAGCUUUGGAGCUGCCACAAAAAUUGGAAGCUGCAAAACAAUACAUCAAAGAUGUCCAUGCUGUGAUUUCCCAAUAUAUUGAGAAAUGGAAAGAUAGUAGACUUGCUGCAACAGUGAACUGGUUCAAUGAUCUUCUAAGCUCUACAGCAAUAGAGGAACUGAAAAGAAAGAUCUAUGAUUUCCUGGAAGAUGCACGCAAAAGAAUUUACCAAAUGGACAUUCCAACAGAAUGCCAAAGAAUCCUUCAAAAAGCAAGCCAGCUAUACAGGACCGUAGUCUCCUAUCUAGUUGACAAAUGGGACAUUACUGCAAAGAAGAUUAGUGUUUUAGCAGAGAAAUACAAUGCAAAAAAUAUGGCUGACCGUCUGAACCAGUUCGUUGAAACUGGGUUUAUUGUUCCUGCAAUCAGGCUAGGCAUAAUCAACAUACCAACUUUUGAAGUUAGUCUCCGAGCCUUAAAGGAUGCAACAUUUCAAACCCCAGAUUUUAUUGUUCCACUAACAGACCUUCGUGUGCCUUCUUAUCAGAUAAAUUUCAAGAGAUUAAAUGAAAUCAGAAUCCCAGCUAGAUUUACUACUCCUGCAUUUGUCAUUCUAAACAUUAUUAAAGUUCCCUCCUAUACAAUUGAUUUUAAUGAAAUGAAAGUGAAGAUCGUGAGGAUAAUAGAUCAAUUAAUGACAAGCGACUUUCAGCUGCCAGCAACUGAUACAUACUUUCAAGAGAUGAAAAUCAAGGAUCUUUAUUUUUCAGACUUUUCUUUACCUGAAAUGAAUUUGCCCCAGUUACAAGUACCCGAAUUAUUGAUUCCAAAGCUGAACUUGAAUGAAUUUCAAUUUCCAGAUAUAACAAUUCCGGAAUUCCAGUUACCACGUAUACCACAUACUGUAACUAUCCCUACAUUUGGAAAGCUGUCUGGUACUUAUAGAAUUGCUUCUCCCUUCUUUACGCUUACUACUAAUGCUGGUUUUCAGAAUGUAACAGCAGAUGCCCACAGCCCAGAAUUUGUAGCCUCUCUUUCGGCUAUAGCGGUAUCCAAAAUCGACUUCCUUGCUUUCACCCUAACUGCAAAUACUCACCUUUUGGCACCUGAGAUGAAAAAGUUAAUCCUAAAAGAAAACCUGAAGUUCACCAACUUGUACCUUAAAGCCGAUCACGGAAGUGAAGUCGUAUUUUUGACAGCAUCCGUUCAAGGAAAUGCUGAAACAACAGCCAGCUUCCAGACUACACGUAAUGCUAUAGAACUGCAUAACAAAUUAACAGUCAACCUGAACAAGAUUAUUUCCAUGGACAGCAAGACGCUUUAUACACAUAGGCUCAACAUUCCAAGCGCCCAGUUCACUAGCCAAGCUGAAUUAAGCAAUGAAAUAAAAACAGCAUUGGAAGCUGGACACAUUUCAGCUACUUCCACUGGUAAAGGGAAUUGGAAAUGGACUGCUCGUGACUACUCUGAUGAAGGAACCCACGAAUCAAAAGUCAGUUUCACCAUACAGAGAUCCAUAGCUGCAUUUGUAGCAGAAAACAGGAUAAGUGCCAAAUACCUAAGAGUCAACCAAAGAGCGGUGUAUGAAUACAACUUGCCAAGUUCUUCAAAGCUUCAGGUGGAGUCUACAAUUGAGUCUCCGCAACUUGGGCAGAGUGUUUUAAAUGUGCAAGGCGCAGGGAACCUCGUACAGCUGAAAAUGGAACUGUCUGCUACACACAAUGCUAAGGUGACGGGACGCAUCUCCGGGACAAUAAAUAAUGGUGUGUCCUUUUCAAUACAACCAUUUGAAAUUAAAGCAUCAGCUAAUAACAAUGUGAAUGUAAAAGUUAGCUUCCCAUUCAAAGUAGUUGGAAAAAUUGAGUCUGUAAAUGCCUACAGCUUGGUGCUCAGUCCUUCCACUCAGCAAGUUAGCUGGGUAGCUGAGGGAAGAUUUAACCAAUAUAGAUACACUCAUAACUUGUCUGCUGGUAAUAAUGAAGAUAGUACUGAAGCUAUUGUAUCCAUGAAUGGUGAUGCUAACUUGGAAUUCCUAAAUAUCCCUAUUUCAUUUCCUGAACAAUCUGUUCCCUACAUUGGUGUCAGGAUACCCCAAGUGCAAGAAUACUCUCUGUGGGAAGAAACGGGGCUGAAAAGGCUACUGAAAACUCCAAAACAAUCAUUUGAUUUAAAUGUAAAACUUCAGUACAAGAAGAACAAAGAUGUACACUCGUUUCCAAUUCCUUUAGAUGGGGUGCACAAAACACUCAAUUAUUACAUCGUGAACUUCAACAAACAUUUUGAAAGAAAUAGAGACCAUACUUUAGCAUUUCUGACAGACUCCUACAACCAAGCCAAGGUCAAGUUUGACAAAUACAAAGUGGAUACUUCAGUAAACCAAAGCCCACAAAUCUUCAGGAUUCCGAGCUACACCAUUCCUGUGCUUAAUAUUGAAGUCUCUUCUUUUACAGCAGAACUCCCAACUUUUGGUUAUGUGCUUCCAAAAGAAAUGAGGACUCCAGUUUUCACUGUUCCAUUUGUCGGGUUUUCAAUGCCAUCAUAUACCGUUGUCCUUCCAUCACUGGAGCUGCCAGUUCUUCAUAUUCCCCAAGGCCUGAGAACACUGAAGCUUCCCAAUUAUCGAGUAAGCCCCCUGCCAAACCAUAUCUCUAUCCCAGCCUUUGGAAAUAUUACCUAUGAUUUCUCAUUUAAAUCUAGCAUGAUUACCCUGAAUACAAACGCUGGCUUUUUUAACCAAUCUGAUAUUGUUGCCCGAUUGAGUUCCUCCUCCACUUCUGUGAUUGAUGCCCUACAAUAUCAGUUGGCUGGGACCACAAGCAUCACAAGGAAGAGAGGUCUGAAACUAGCAACUGCAUUAUCCCUGAGAAACCAAUUCAUAGGAGGAAAUCAUGACAGCACUAUCAGUUUCACAAAGAAAAACAUAGAAGCUUCAGUGGUAACUACAGCAAAGAUUACCGUACCGGGCUUGAAAGUAAAUUAUGGACAGGAGCUUAAAGGAAAUGCCAAAGCAAUACCGAUAAUAUCUUCAAAAAUAAAUAUAGAUUAUGAUAUUGAUAACAAUUAUGUCAAUACUAAAGCAGCAGUUGUCCACGAAGCUAAACUAGAAAGUUUUAUAUCUUAUAUAUCGGCUGAUACAUUAACCAAUGGUUUUAUCAAUGGUAAAUUUUAUGAAGGAAAAUCAUUUUCUGGGAAGUUGGUUCAUGAAGCAAAUACUUAUUUGAAUUCUAAAGGUAUUCGAUCAGGUAUGAAGUUUGAGACCAGUUCAAAUUCUGCGGACUUCUGGAAUUUUGAUGCAAAAGAAAAUGUUGCCAUCGAAGCAUCUACCGAUCGUAUUUAUGCUUUAUGGGACCAUAGUGGAGAAAACUAUCUGAAUUAUUUCCCAUUACUUCGAACUAGAGGAAAUCAGAUCUGCAAAGUAACUCUGGAACUAGCUCCUGGUAUUAUGUCAGCAGGCCUUCAGAUACAAGUUGCCCAACCAAGUAAUCUCUUUGAUGAGACUUCUGUUAAUCAAGCAUUUUCACUGACUGUUAAUAAUGGAAAUCAAAAAAUUAGCUGGACGAGUGAAGGCCAAAUCCUUAAUUUUUUCCUUGGACAUGGCUUGGAGUUAGCAAAUGAUAAUGUAGAAGCUCAAGUUGACUUGUCAGCAUCUUUGGGAGGACGUAUCCAUUUUCUCAGAAAAGUUAUAGUGCCAAUUUAUGAAAGGAGUUUAUGGGACAUCUUAAAAUUAGAUCUGACCACUAGACCUGAAGAGAAGCAAUACCUAAAUGCAUCUACAAAAAUAGUAUACACAAAAAAUGAAGAUGGGUAUUUUUUCCCUAUAAAUGUCAAUCGACUGGCAGAUGGCUUUACAAUCAUGAUUCCUGAAAUUCAAGCAAACGGUCUUGACAAUCCAUCUUACUCCAUUGUCCAACGUGAGUUCAAAAUCCCUGAAAAGUUGGAAAGUUCAUCAUUUGAUAUCAACCUUCCUCUGCUACCGAAAGUACAAUUUCCCCAAGUUAAUGUAGUAACCAAAUACAAUAAUCUGGAACAAAAUAAAAUCCCAUACUUUGAGUUGACUGUUCCCAAGUACCAUGUAACAAUGCCCCAAUUUACUCUUCCAAAGACACUUUCUCUUGGCAACCUAAAUCUGGAUCUGAAUGCUGCAAUCAACAAGAUAGCUGAUUUUGAUUUGCCUACAAUUACAAUCCCUCAACAGCAGAUUGAAAUACCAGCUUUCGCAUUUUCUUUACCUGCUGGAAUUUACUUCCCCAAAUUUGGAGCUUUGUCUAGCUCUGCCAAGGUCGCUUCCCCAUUGUACACUGCUACCUGGAACACAGCUGUGAAGAACACCAAGGAAGCCUUCGAACAUUCCAUUGACUUUACUGCAAAUUCACCGCUGCAGUUUCUGGAAUACGAUUUGGAUGGUA